AGGACCAUCCAGAGCUUCUAGAAGAGUUUGAGGGUGGCCUUCUCCGGCGCCUCUAGCGGGAUCCGGCACCACCCUGAGCUUGGGUUGCGGUGACCGACGGCAAGGAGGCCCAGGCCCGCUCAGGCCAGGCUUAGCCACGGCUGGCGGCGCGGACGGGCUGGGCGGGGCGGCGGGCCAGUACCGCCGCACGAGCCCGGACCUGCCUGCUCGACCUGGCGGCGCAGUCUCGCGGGAUCGCUCACCUCUCGCUCUCGGUGCGGCCCGGCGGCGGCUCGAGGCCCGGACGCUGCCCCAGGCCGUCGGAGGUGGCGGGAGCCACGGCGCAGCGGAGGGAGAAUAGCGAGCGCCCGAGCAAUUGACCCAGAACUCAUUUUCAGAAAUAACAGCUUCCUUCAAAAUGGUAAAAUAGUGAAAUGAGGAAUUUGAAAAUUUUAUCUCUGGAUGAGAAUUUUAUGAUGAUGAUGAUGAUGAAUGGAGUUUAAGAUUAAUCCAAGCUAUGUGGUAAAAUCAGGAAUUUGAAGAAAAUGGAAAUGUUCCCGUUUUUGUUGAUGUGUGGUUUUCUACCCCUUGUAAGGGGACACAGUCUCUUCACUUGUGAACCAAUUACUGUUCCCAGAUGUAUGAAAAUGGCCUACAACAUGACAUUUUUCCCUAAUCUCAUGGGUCAUUAUGACCAGGGGAUUGCUGCUGUGGAAGUGGAGCAUUUUCUUCCUCUUGCAAAUCUGGAAUGUUCACCAAACAUUGAAACAUUCCUUUGCCAAGCCUUUGUACCAACCUGCACAGAGCAAAUUCACGUGGUUCCACCUUGUCGUAAACUUUGUGAGAAAGUAUAUUCUGACUGCAAAAAAUUAAUUGAUACUUUUGGGAUCAGAUGGCCUGAAGAACUUGAAUGUAACAGACUGCCGUACUGUGAUGACACUGUUCCUGUAACACUUGAACCACACACAGAGCUUUUUGGUCCUCAGAAGAAAACAGAAGUCCAAAGAGACAUUGGAGUUUGGUGUCCACAGCAUCUUAAGACUUCUGGAGAACAAGGCUAUAAGUUUUUGGGAAAUGACCAGUGUGCCCCUCCGUGCCCCAACAUGUAUUUUAAAAGCAAUGAGCUAGACUUUGCAAAAAGUUUCAUUGGAAUAGUUUCAAUAUUUUGUCUUUGUGCAACUCUGUUCACAUUUCUUACUUUUUUAAUUGAUGUUAAAAGAUUCAGAUACCCAGAGAGACCAAUUAUCUAUUACUCUGUCUGUUACAGCAUCGUCUCUCUUAUGUACUUUGUCGGAUUUCUGUUAGGCAAUAGCACAGCCUGCAAUAAGGCAGAUGAGAAGCUAGAGCUGAGCGAUACGGUUGUUCUAGGAUCUCAUAAUAAGGCUUGCAGUGUGGUGUUUAUGUUUUUGUAUUUUUUCACAAUGGCUGGCACUGUGUGGUGGGUAAUUCUGACUAUUACUUGGUUCUUAGCUGCAGGAAGAAAGUGGAGUUGUGAAGCCAUUGAACAAAAAGCAGUGUGGUUUCAUGCUGUUGCCUGGGGAAUUCCUGGUUUUCUGACUGUCAUGCUGCUUGCUAUGAACAAAGUUGAGGGAGACAACAUUAGUGGUGUUUGCUUCGUCGGCCUUUAUGACCUGGAUGCUUCUCGCUACUUUGUCCUUUUGCCACUGUGCCUCUGUGUGUUUGUUGGGCUGUCUCUUCUUUUAGCUGGCAUUAUUUCCUUAAAUCACGUUCGGCAAGUUAUACAACAUGAUGGUCGGAACCAAGAGAAGCUAAAGAAAUUUAUGAUUCGCAUUGGAGUCUUCAGUGGCCUGUAUCUGGUGCCCUUAGUGACACUUCUUGGUUGUUACAUCUAUGAGCUAGUGAACAGGAUUGCCUGGGAGAUAACCUGGGUUGCUGAUCAUUGUCAUCAGUACCACAUCCCAUGUCCUUAUCAGGCAAAAUCAGAAGCUCGACCUGAAUUGGCUUUAUUUAUGAUAAAAUACCUGAUGACAUUAAUUGUUGGUAUCUCUGCUGUCUUCUGGGUUGGAAGCAAAAAGACAUGCACAGAAUGGGCUGGGUUCUUUAAACGAAAUCGCAAGCGAGAUCCAAUCAGUGAAAGCCGAAGAGUGCUACAAGAGUCAUGUGAGUUUUUCUUAAAGCACAAUUCUAAAGUGAAACACAAGAAGAAGCACUACAAACCAAGUUCACAUAAGCUGAAGGUCAUUUCCAAGUCCAUGGGAACCAGCACAGGAGCUACAGCAAAUCAUGGCACUUCUGCCAUAGCAAUCACUGACCAUGAUUAUUUAGGACAAGAAACUUUGACAGAAAUCCAAACCUCCCCAGAAGCAUCGGUGAGAGAGGCAAGAGCUGAUGGAGCAAGCACUCCCAGAGCAAAGGAACAGGAUUGUGGAGAGCCUGCCUCCCCAACAAUGUCCAGCUCCAAGCUCUCUGGGGAUCAGGCCAACAGGAAAGGCCCAGUGGGCAGUGUGAAAGACCAAAGCAGUGUAUCAGAAGGUGCUCGGAGUGAGGGAAGGACAAGUCCAAAGAGUGACAUUACUGAAACUGGCCUGGUAAAGAGCAACAAUUUGCAGGUCCCCAGUUCUUCAGGACCAAGCAGCCACAAAGGUUCCACAUCUCUGCUUGUUCAUUUAACUUCUGGAGUUAGAAAAGAGCAGGGUGCUGGCAGUCAUUCAGAUACUUGAAAACUUUCAUUACCCUAGGAGCAAAUUCAUAUUACACUGGAGAUGGCUAAUGUACUGUCUUUAAAAAAAAAAAAAAAUCACUGUUGGACUGGGAGUAUAGCUCUGUGGUAGAGUACUUGCCUAGCAUACUUGAAGACCUGGGUUCAAGUCCCAGCACUUAAAAAAAAAUUACUGCUACAUUUUUCUUUUGCACUUAAAGCUGCAUUAUCUACUGUUAUACUGGGAAAAAAAAUAGAUUUCAAGAAUAAUACAAUUCCUUGUAUCCUUGGAAAACAGAAUUGUGCAGGUUAAUAAUGUCUUUUAAUUGUGGAGGUGAGGAAGGAGUUAGAGGAAUCUUCACAUUCUAUUUAUGAAGAGUCUACUCUUGUUAAAGUAUUUUAAGAUAUAUUAUGCUAUUGUACUCUUUUGAUAUGAAAAUCAAGAUUUUUCAUUGUUGAAGUAUUUAAAACAUUAUUGUACCUUUAUAUAUAUUUGAAAAUAAGCUUAUAUGUAUUUGAACUUUUUAAAAAAUCUUGGAAAAUUGGUUCAAAUAUUUUUAUGAUGUUAUUCUAUUAUUUUAGCUAUUUUGUUACUGUGGUAGCUGUUACACUGAAAUUUUUUAAUAAAAUUGGAAAAUAGUAUUAUUUUAUAGUGUAAUGAAUAGGUAUCACACCAAAUGUUCUAUAAUAAGGAUUCACCUUUUAAAACCCCUUCUACUACCUUACCAUCUUACAUGUGUGUAUUUUAUUGUGUCAUUAUUUUAAGAAUCUCACAGAUCUGUCUUAUAACUAAAAAAAAGGUGCUUACUGAAGUAGUGUCCGUUUUUGCUGUUGUUGUUGAAACAGGGUCUCACUAUGCAGCCCUGACUGACUUGGAACUCACUAUGUAGUCCAGGCUGGCCUCCAACUCACAGAGAUCUGCCUGCCUCUGCCACCCUAGUGCUGGGUUUAAAGGCGAGCGCUAGCGUCUAAUCACAACUGUACUAUGCUGCUCCCUGAUCCUUCUGUGUUUUUAAAAUAAAAUGUCUCAAGGGAUUAAUAGGUAAAAUGUUAGUCUGUUAUAAAUUAAGCCCAGGGCAGUUGAUUUCCUUUUUUUUUUUUGUAAUGUUUCAUGCCAUGAUCACUCAUGAUUGCAUUAUGACUAUUUACAGUUGCUUAUACUUUUCCUUUGUUUGAAUUUUUUGACAUUCACAAUACUCUAAACAUAUUUUAUAGUGAGUAUUUUUCUCAGAUGCUAUAUUGAAUUCAUUUCUGCAUCUGAACAUUCAAAAAAGUAUGUUAGCAAUAUUAGUGCCAAUCAAAUGGGGAAAAUGUAGGUCUGUACAACAUGCAUAAAAACAUUAUGGAAUUUUCUUAAUUUUGUUCCUCUUUAAGUAUUAUUUCUUGAGCAAAGUUUCCUGAUGCUUUGUGCCUGUCUGGCAUUCUAUUUAAGUUUAAAACAAAAAUUAUCAUGUACUGUAUGGAAAAAUGUUGUAAAUACUAACUUUUCCACGUUUGUAAACAGAUAACUUUGUG